UUCAUCGUACGCCUCAAUGUCACGAAGAUUUCGUCCCACAUCGCUUGGUUCUCAAAGCGGAAUCUAUAGCGUGCGAGGCUCGGAACUAGCGCGAAGCGGGAAUACGACUCCCAACAAAAUCCGCUGUGUGGUGGAACUUUUAGAUGAUUCAGAAUUUGUCAUUGAUAUUGACAAACACUCCAAGGGUGAAGUAUUGUUAGAAGCUGUCUUCAAGCAUCUUGACUUACUGGAGAAACAUUUCUUUGGUCUUCAAUAUGUUGCAGACUCUCCUGAUAACUUGCAAUGGCUCAAUUCUGAAAAGCAGAUCAGGAAACAACUCAAACGUGGUCCACCCUACAUAUUUUAUUUUAGAGUGAGAUUUUUUGCAUCAGAUCCCUCUAAACUUUCUGAGGAUAUCACAAGAUAUCAGUUUUAUCUUCAAAUAAAACGAGACCUAUUGACUGGAAGGUUGCCAUGCCUUUAUGACACAGCAGCAGAGUUAGCUUCUUAUGUGCUUCAGGGUGAACUUGGAGACUUUGAUCCUAAGAUCAUGGUUGAUUGCUCUUAUGUGUCAGAGUUUCGAUUUAUACCUGAUCAGUCGGAGGAUUUUGAAGAAAGGGCAUCAGAAUUUCAUAAGCAUCACAGUGGCCAAAGUCCAGCAGAUGCUGAAUUCAAUUUCCUUGAAGUAGCAAAAAACUUGGAUUUGUAUGGUGUGGACCUUCACUUUGCUAAGGACCAUGAUGGUCUUGAUCUGCAUAUUGGAAUUUCCCCGCUUGGUUUGACUGUCUACCACAACAGAUGUAAAAUAAACUUCUUUCCAUGGUCAAAAGUUGUCAAAGUUUGCUUCAAAAGGAAAAGAUUUUUUGUUCAGAUUAGACCUGACUGGAAUGAAUGGACCGACAAUGUCAUUGGUUUCCACAUGCCAACUUACAGAGCAUGUAAAACACUUUGGAAAACAUGUGUAGAGUAUCACACAUUCUACAGGACUCAUUUCCCCAAACCAAGCAACAGCAAAAGUACAUUGGUUAGGAUUGGCUCUAAAUACAGAUACAGACAUGACUAUGGAACUAAAUCCACUGCAAAUGUGUCUCGCACUUUACUGUAUGAACUUGUUAUUUUGUUCACAGGUUCUCGGCGGAGAAUCGAUCUUGAUCAUGUGUUUGACAAGGACGAUGUGGUGUUCAGUGACAAGUCAACUGGUCUUAAUUAUUCAUCCUCUAUGCCAUCAAGCUUUGACAAAAUGAAUCACUCGUUAGUUAGAAGCAAGAGCCUUGGAAUGGCUGACGAUGCGCACAUGAGCCGACUAAAACCCGCCCUCACGCCAGAAUUACAGAGAAAUGGUUCUGCUAAUCAAGAAGGUCUUAUGACUGUAAGAAUGGAACCUGAUGAGCAGGGACGGUUUGGAUUUAACGUGCAGGGAGGUGCAGAUAUCAACUUGCCGGUUAUUGUGUCAAAGAUCGCUCGGGGAAUGCCGGCGGAUAUGUGUAUGCCGCAACUACAAGAGGGAGACGAAAUUGUCCACAUAAAUGGCAGGAUAGUCAAGGAGCUACCACAUCAGGAAAUUGUGGAUCUCAUCAGAACGAUCAGUAAAUCCAACCGGAGACUGCUUAUCAUGACGAUAAGACCCAACGUUUUCACCCCAUCUUCACGGGAUGCUGAGUCGCCAGUUCAUGUUGUAAGCCCAGAGCAGUUUAGCGCAGCUGAACAAAGACACGAACAAGAACGGAUAAUUGCCAAGCACAUCAAAGAGAAAGAAGUCGCAAAGGACACCGAAGCUCUUCGAGUUUCCAUUGAGCAACUCAGAGAGGUAUUUUACAAUAACUGUCUAAUUUCUCGCGCGCUGAUUGGCUCAUUUUUAUCAUCAAUAAGGGUACAGACGGAUAAAAUUUUAAUUUGUACACGUUUUCAAGUAAAAUGUCAUCAGUAUUGGCCAGAAGGAGAAGAAACUCUUACGUUUGGAGACCUGGAAAUUAUCUGCACGAAAAUUCGCGACUUCUCACCGUCGUACAUCUACAGGGAAAUGUACGUCACCGACUCCAAGAGCUUGCGAAGCCGAGUUGUUGUCCAGUUACAAUACAUUGCCUGGCCGGACCACGAUGUCCCAGACGACUCGACGGAUUUUCUCGAGUUUAUUCAUAUUGUUCGCCAUUACCGUGAAGGAACAAAUACUCCAACCGUGUUACAUUGCAGCGCUGGUGUUGGUCGCACAGGCGUUUUGAUUUUCAUGGAAACGGCAUUCAACAUGAUUGAAGGAGCUGAACCUGUAUUUCCAUUAGAAAUUGUUCGGAAAAUGAGAGACCAACGAUGUUCUCUCAUACAAACUCCGGGACAGUUUAUAUUUGUUCUGGAAGCUCUAUUGAGGGCAUAUGAUGGUGAGUGUAGGUUUUGCAAUUUUCUUUUAACAUUCUUCCUUGAUAUUUGACUCAAGUCGGUACG